AUGAAAGAAGAAAAACUAAAAAAUGGAAAUAUGAAUAAUUUAGUGAAUUAUAUUUCAGAAGAUCAACUAGUUAAAGAAAUAGGACUUGAUGAAUGUAUGAAUCGAUUAAAUUUAAAGAAUAACAUUUUAAUGAGAAAGACAGAAUGUUUAGUUUCAUUAAAUGAUUUUGAAAAUAUAUUAGAAAAUGUAUUAGAAAAAGAGAAAAAGAACAUAGUACUAAAUGAUAAAAAAGUAGAAGGAGUUGAACAAAAGAAGCAAACCGAAAAAGAAAUAGAUCUUUUGUUUCAAGUUCAACCAAUUCCAAGACUACCAAAUCCAAGAAGAGUUAAAACAGGAAUUCAAUUUAAGACGUAUUUUAUUCAUUUUACUGGAGAUUUUGUUAUACCUAAAUAUUCAUUUUCUUCAUCUCCUAAUACAAGUAUUGAACAAUUUAUUAAAUUAACAAUUAAUAAAGUAAAUAAACAAUUAGAAGAAGAGAACCAAAAUAAUUUAUUUUUAAGAGAGACAUAUGAAUCAUAUUUAUUAAGAAUUAGUGAUGAAAAUGGAGUAGCAGAUGAUGAUCUUCCACCACUUGAAUAUUCAUCUAAAAUAGGAGAAAUGGGAAGUUCACAUUUUGUACUUGUAGAUAAUCCUGAUUAUUUUGAUAAAGUAAAGAAACAUCGUAGAGUUUUAAAUAAUAGUAAUAGUGGAAUGUCUGCUUUUCUUAAUACAAAAAAUGCAAAAGUAUUUUUUAAAAUAAAAAAAAUGGAAGGAAGUACAGCAAGAUAUGGAUAUAAAGAUAAUACAACUGUUGAAGAAUUUUUAAGUAGUGUUAUUGAUGAAAGAAAUAAAAAAUAUAAUCUUAAUGGUACUGAAUUUGAAUUAUCUAAAGAUUUAAAUAACUAUGAAUUUAAAAUGGCUGAUGAAAAUGGUAUUCCUGAUGACGAUUUUGAUGUUGUUUUAAAUUCUAAUAUCAGUACUUAUGGAGAUAGUUUUGUUUUAAUUGGAAAAGGAAAAUAUCAAACUAAUUCAGACGCUUCUAGUAAACAAACAAUUUUUGUUGUUCCUCCUACUAAAGGUGUUUCUAAAGAACGUGAAAUUAAAAAAGAACAAAGAACAUCUCUUAACAAUAAAUCUAGUUUGUUUAAAAGAAAAAAAGAUGAUGAAAUUGUUCCUAAACCUCAAUUAUCUCCAAGACAAAAUAAAGGUAAAACUAUUAUAGCUUCACCUAGAAAAAAACCUGGUAAAAUUUAUACUGUUUUUUAUCAAACAAUUCAACUUAAAAUUGAGUAUGAUGAAACUGGAACUGUUGGUGGGUUUAUUGAUGAAGUACUAAUUUAUGCAUUUAGAAAUGGAAUUAAAUUAAAUGGUAAAAAUGCUAGUGAUUUCUCAAUUUAUAUUGCUGAACCAAAUGGAGAAUGUGAUCGAGAUUUUGAAAUAAAUAAGGAAAGUCAAAUCAAAGAUAUGUGUUCAAUGUUCUUUGGUUUAUAUUCUAAACAAUAA